UAAAAGCUCAUAUAGCUUCUCUUUCUUUAGCUAUCACUGAAGCGAUGGAUCCAGUGUGGUUCUUUGUUCUUCUGGCACAAGCUGUCCUCAUGGACACAGGCCUAUGUUUUCCAGCUGGACAGGCUGAAUCUGAUGCGGAGCUUAAAACAGGUGUGUCUCCCACUGACGUUAGUCUUAGGAGUGUUUUUGAGCUCCUCAAGUCUUUGGAUUCUGCACUGGCCCAAGAAGAUGUACUGGAAAACGAAGUGGAACUUGAUGCUGUGCUUAGCCUGGGAAAAGCUUUGCACCUGGACAUGGCCGGAGGGCUCAAAACAAAGGCAGACAGUCACGACCGUAUGAGUGAGGGCCGCAACAUGAGUCAACAGCAGGAAACUAUGAGCUACAAUCAAAAGGGUGCCUCAAGCUAUGAGAUGGAUGACUCCUCCAGCCCCAACAUGAGCAAGGAACGCCAGAAUGAUGCCUUCAGCCAUGACCACCAGCACCACAAGAUGAGCAAGGACCACACCAUGAGCCAGAAGAACCAGAACCACACCAUGAGCAAGGACAACCCCCAGAACCACACCCACGCCAUGAGCCAGAACCACACCAUGAGCCAGGACGACCCCCACAACCACACCAUGAGCCAGAACCACACCUACACCAUGAGCCAGGCCCAUCCCCAGAACCACACCAUGAGCCUGGACUACCCCCAGAACCACACCAUGAGCCAGGCCAACCACACCCCGAGUCAGGACUACCCCCAGAACCACACCAUGAGCCAGGCCAACCACACCCUGAGUCAGGACUACCCCCAGAACCACACCAUGAUCCAGGACCACCCCCAGAACCACACCUACACCAUGAGCCAAGACUACCCCCAGAACCACACCAUGGGCCAGGAGAACCACACCAUGAUCCAGGACCACCCCCAGAACCACACCUACACCAUGAGCCAAGACCACCCACAGAACCACACCUACGCCAUGAGCCAGACAAACCACACCAUGAGCCAGGACUACCCCCAGAACCACACCAUGAGCCAGACGAACCACACCAUAAUCCAGGACCACACCAUGAACCCCACCAUGAUUCAGGAUCAUCCCCAGAACCACACCAUGAGCCAGGAAAACCACACCAUGAGCCAGGAUCACCCCCAGAACCGCACCAUGAACCAGAACCACACCAUGAGCCAGGACCUCCCCCAGAACCACACCUACACCAUGAGCCAGGACUACCCCCAGAACCACACCUAUGCCAUGAGCCACAACCACACAAUGAGCCAGGACUACCCCCAGAAUCACACCAUGAGCCAGAUGAACCACACAAUGAGCCAGGACUACCCCCAGAACCACACCAUGAGCCAGGACCACCCCCAAAACCACACCUACACUCUGAGCCAGAACCACACCAUGAGCCUGGACUACCCCCAGAACCACACCAUGAGCCAGAAGAACCACACCAUGAGCCAGGACCACCCCCAGAACCACAAUAUGAGCAAGGAAAACCAGAAUGGCGCCUUCAGCCACGACCAGCCGAGCCACAACAUGAGCAUGGGCCACCAGAACUAUGCCCUGAGCCACAAUAUGAGCAAGGACCACCAGGAUGACGUCUUCAGCCAUAACGAGCUGAGCCUCAAUAUGAACGAGGACCUCUAUGACUACAUGAGUGAUGAUAAUCUUGUCCUGAGCAGCCGCUACCAGAAUGACGGCGACUUGGCAGAUGAUUCAUUUCAUGUCAUGGUUUGAAGUGUGCAGUUUGUCCCUGAAACAUCAUGGAAGAACAGUUUAUCUGUCAGCAAAAUAAAUGAUGAAAUUCA